AUGGUUCUUAAAGUUGAUGGUGAGCCCACUUCUUCGUUGGAACAGGUUGCUGGGGAGUUUAUUCAGUUCUAUGAGAGACUACUUAGGUCUUCUACCCCAUGGCAACCGGUUUCCCCAAGUGUUCUUUGUUUGGGUCCGAUUGUAUCCCAGCAGCAAGCAUACACGAUGAUUAGCGUUCCAUCUGAUAAGGAAAUUAAGAAGGUCAUUUAUGAUAUUGGGGAGAACAAGGCUCCUAGGCCGGAUGGGUACUCGUCUGGGUUUUUUAAGAAGGCGUGGAGCAUUGUGGGUCAUCCUUUCUACCAAGUAGUUAAGGAAUUCUUCAACUCGAGUUCCCUGUUAAAGAUGGCUUCAGUUCUUGGCUCUAUUGUGGAUCAAGCGCAAGCCGCUUUUGUUGAAGGGAUGAGCAUUUUCGACAAUAUCCAUCUUGCCUAA